CCUCGAAGUUUCAAGGCACAAAGUCUUCAGUCUUGGACGACAUUAGACCGGGUCACGUCUCGAACAAAAUCUGCCGCUCGCUAGAAGCUAUUGGGUUUCAUGCUUGUGGUGAGAUUUUCCAUAUGGCCUUGUUUACGGGUUGACGACACCACCGUUCAGAUACCUGCUCACGCCAGGGAGGGUGGAUUCUUAAGGACAGACUGCUCCGAGCGUCAAUUAUCCUCAACAUGUCAGGCGGUGUAGACUUGCUGAAGCUGUCUAACCUCGCAUCAGCGCAAAACGCUACAGAUGCAGCUGUCCAAAAAGCACAUUACUCUCCACCAUGGGCUGACCUGAGCAUUGUUGGUGUGGCGGGCUCUUCAGGCUCUGGUAAGACCAGUUUGGCUGUGGAAAUCAUCAAGUCUCUCAACUUGCCUUGGGUCAUCAUCUUGUCGAUCGAUUCGUUCUACAAGUCUCUAACAGCUGAGCAAAAUGCUCUGGCACACCUCAAUGAGUAUGAUUUGGACUCUCCAAACUCCAUUGACUUCGACCUGCUGGUGGAGAAGCUACAUGACCUGAAGCAAGGGAAGAGGACCGACAUACCAAUCUAUUCGUUCCAGGAGCAUCAGCGACUCGAGAAAACCGUCUCAAUUUAUUCCCCGCAUGUGAUCCUUCUCGAAGGUAUCCUGGCUCUGAAUGACCCUAGAGUACUUGAGCUACUCGAUAUGAAGAUUUAUGUGGAAGCAGACGCAGAUGUGUGCCUAUCGAGGCGCAUCGUUCGUGAUGUGAGGGAACGAGGUCGAACCAUUGAAGGCACCGUCAAGCAAUGGUUCCGAUACGUCAAGCCAGUCUUCCAACGCUAUGUCGAACCACAACGAGAGGUCGCUGACCUCAUCGUCCCUAGAGGGAUGCAGAACAAAAUGGCAAUACAAAUGAUCGUCAACCAGAUACGACAGACGCUGAAAGAAAAGUCCAUCAGACACAACGCGGAACUGGAAAGAUUAGGCCAGCAACUUGAGGACUUUACACUCUCGGAGAACGCUAUUAUUCUUGAUGGGAAGCCCCAGAUCACGGGCAUCUCAACAAUCCUACGGAACCCAAUCACCUCCCACCUUGACUUCAUCUUCUAUUUUGACAGACUUACAGCUCUUUUGAUCGAGAAAGCCCUCGAUUGCCAUAAUUACGUUUCCACUGAGGUGACGACGCCUGAAGGCUACACUUAUAGUGGACUGAGAUCUGCUGGGAAGGUGUCCGCAGUUGUUAUUUUGCGUGGUGGGAGCUGCAUGGAAACUGGCCUCAAACGUACUAUUCCAGAUUGCUUGACUGGUCGGUUGCUGAUCCAGUCCAAUUAUCGUACUGGAGAACCAGAAUUGCACUAUCUGAAAUUGUUUCCAGAUCUGGCCGAACAUGAAACAGUCAUGCUCCUCGACCCUCAAAUGUCGAGUGGAGGGGCUGCACUUAUGGCAGUCAAAGUAUUGGUUGACCAUGGGGUAUGCGAGGCAAGGAUAGUCUUUGUCACAUUCAUGGCUGGCAGGAGAGGUCUUAAGAGGUUAAUGUCAGUCUUUCCCAAGAUCAAGGUAGUCGCCGCGAAUAUUGUCGAAGAUGGUGAGAAGAGGUGGCUGGAGGAAAGAUAUUUCGGUUGUUGAGUGUUCAAGAUUUCCGCGACUUGCAUGAAGCAUGGGACGAGACGACUUGAUUCAACCGUUCUCAGCAACAGCUUCACCGUCGUCCCACUUACUGAUGUUGGCGAGUGGAAAACCUCGUUGACUUGAGGCCAACCUUGUUUCAGAGCUUCCAAGUCUCAAAAAGUUGCAAGCGAGGCUUUGAUGCAAAGGGCUGAGGCAUUCAAGCCCCAAGCAGCCGACAAGCAAACCUGACAAUAUUGUUAUGGCACCAUGCAGCCACGCUAGACCACAGAAAGCGGUACACCGAUUGCCCCGGAAAUGACAGCUGUCUCCUCAACGCUCGUGGUCUCGAAAGUGCAAGCCUUCCGCUCUCUGUCCAACCAUCUGGUCACGGGGCUAGCGACGAGGAUGUCCUUCCUUACGGCUUCGGUUAUGUACAAGGAAGUGAAUAUACGUACAUGGCUGCACCAUGAGGAGGUCGGGGGUGGUGAUAGAAUCAACUGCAGUGACGGUGACGAUGUUGAAGGCAGACGGACAGCGGCAGAAGCCAAACAUACACGCACCUGAAAGCGUCGAUGCUGCAGGAAGUUCAUACAGUGUUGAUGGGCACAAAUAUAGGAUACUAAAUCAAUCUUCCUGCAUACAGGUACUCUAGAC